GCAUAAUUUCUGGCCUUUAAAUUGGAAAGUGGCAACCAGGUGAAGCUUCCAAGUUAUAAACUCAUUCUGUAUUUUUGUAAGGUAAACUAAAAAACAAUUGAUUAUUUUCAAGUUUACUAGUUGAGGAAUUUUGUAUUAUGUAACCUUAGGGAUGGUUAAGAGAUAACUCUAUCCUCUUCUUCUUUUCUCCAUCUCUUAACUUUGUCGGACUCCAAUAAUAUUCCAGAAGUUGAACUCGUGAACCUUCGUGAUUUUUUCGUUGCAUUUAAACUUUUGAUUCUGGACGUUUUGAUGCCUGGUUAAGGAUUUUGAUUUUGAGCCACACAUCCUCUAGCUAGAAUGUAGAAACCAAAAUCAGAUUGGAGUUCCGAGUUGCCUUCAAUGGUUAAAUGCCAUCAGUUCGGAUUUUUAGCUAUAUAUUAUGGAUGGUUUUGUAGGAAUCUGCUUUCCUUUUUUUCCUUUUAUUUGAUGUGAUAGAAAUCUCUUUUACUUUUACUGGUUAAUAAGAAUAUAAGAGGGAAUUUGUCUUCCGCAAAAGCAUGUUUUUAUUUUUGUCUUUUUUAGUAGAAGAUCAAUAGAAAAUAAAAGAUAACAUAUGAGAAACUAAAUGUGCAACUUCUCUUGAUCCAGAUAUUUCUUAGUUAUGAUAUAAAUUAAUUGAGAUUCAAUUGCGUCACUCUAAGUUUGCCAUUGUCCACUUUUUGUUGGAAAGAGUGUUUGGACUUCUUACUCUCGAAGAAAAGAAACAAUUGCGGUGAUAUCCUUUUUAAUGGGUCCUGGUGUGGAGUAUAGAACUUCUAGUAAUCUUGUUUUUGCACUUUGUAUUUUCUGGUGUAGAAAGUGAUAUGACUACCACCAAAUGGAAUAGUUGGAAAAAGAACUUAAAUUUUGUAUUUGUGUGUUGAAGAAUGCUCUCACUCUUUCAACUUGGGAAGAAUGAAGGAAGGAUGGGCGGCAAGAGUGAAACUGAAGAAUAUAUUGUGAGACUGAGAAAGAAUUAAACUGAUGAAGUGCAUAGUUUUGGUUGAAAUGAUGCAUAGAUGUUUUGAGAGAGAUUAGACCUACUGUCGAUUGCUUCAUUCAUGCUGAAAGUUUCAUAUUGUUUCACUGUCUUCCAUGUUUUACCCCCAAAUUUCCUUCAUACGGGUGUAGUUUAAGUUUUUUAAUUUUUAUCUGCUGUUUCCAAUUGAUAUUGACAAAUUUUGUGGUGUUUAUUCACGUUGUAAGUACUUUCUUUCUUCUCCUUAAUUUCUUUACUCUCCUCAUCUCUUAAUUUUGAUCCUCCGUUAGGCAUGGAAGGCAAAAAGAGACUAAUAGCCCUAGGUUUUGAGGGCUCAGCAAACAAAAUUGCUGUUGGAGUUGUUGCACUUGAUGGCUCUAUCUUAUCCAAUCCACGUCACACUUACAUCACUCCACCAGGUCAUGGCUUCUUACCAAGGGAAACAGCUCAACACCACCUUCAGCAUGUUCUUCCUCUUGUCAAAUCUGCGCUAGAGACUGCAAAAAUUACAGCUGAUGAUAUUGAUUGCCUUUGCUACACUAAAGGCCCUGGAAUGGGUGCUCCCCUCCAGGUCUCUGCUGUGGUCGUCCGUGUCCUGUCCCAACUGUGGAAUAAGCCUAUUGUUGCUGUGAAUCAUUGUGUAGCCCACAUUGAAAUGGGCCGCAUUGUUACUGGAGCUGAUGAUCCAGUCGUUCUCUAUGUUAGUGGAGGCAAUACACAGGUUAUUGCAUAUAGUGAGGGAAGAUACAGGAUUUUUGGGGAGACCAUUGAUAUUGCAGUUGGAAACUGUCUGGAUAGGUUUGCAAGAGUUCUCAAGUUGUCCAAUGAUCCAAGUCCAGGAUAUAAUAUUGAGCAGUUUAUAAUUUCGGGUUCUCUGAAAUCUGAGCACCACGUAUGA